GGUAAUGGAUCAGAAAUGGCUCCACAUGGUGGUUCAGUGAUUUGAAUUCCACUCUCACCAUUUUAUUCGGGUUUUAUAAACACUCAUAAUAAACGGAUUAGAGGCAAUAAAUACCAGAGGUGGACUCUAGUUACUGGACCAUAAAGUACUGACCAGCAAACAAAAUACACUAAUGAAUGAAUGAACGAGUCAACUGACAGCUUCUGAAGCAGAGGCGGAACAAGCAGCGAGACGGAAAUGACGUGCCGGUGUCGUCAGCUGUAUGUUGAUGUUGUGUGGCAACCGAGGGACGGAAGACGGUUUGUUUUUGUUCUGUUAUCCGCCGUUUUUACCCUCAAAACCACCUCGUAUUGAAUUAAAUUCGCUCCGGCGUGACAGAAGCGAGUAUUACGACUUAAAAGACGCUCAAGUUUAAAUGUUCACACGCGUUCAGAGUCGUUAAAACGGACACCCUCCCUCCCUGAACGGUCAUGACGAUCCUGCCGAAGAAGAAGCCGAGCUCAUCGGUCGGUGUGUCUGAUCACCCCGAUGACACCGACCGCCGGACCGGAUCAGAUCCGCACCAGCACCAGCACUCCCACGGGGUCCGGACGGGUGCGAGGCCCCGCGCUUCCCCGCCCCCCUGGUCAUAUCAAGCCGCUCCGCCGCCGUCCAGAGACGACAGGCGCACUGAAUCCAGCUCCCGGCCGCAGCAGGCCUCUCCUCCGCCGGUGGGCGCAGGGUCUCCGGUUGGCCCGGGGGAUGCGACGGGGAUGGCGUGCGUGUCCGGGGGUCGGGCUGAGUUGUCAGGAGGGGUGGGCUGUGGAGGUGGGAUGGGAGGGUGCUGCUCGGGGCCUGGGCUCAGUAAGAGGAGGAGACAGGCGACCUGCUCCGGUGGGGUGGCCGGUGGAGGGACCGGACCCGGGGCGACGGGGGGAGGAGGAGGCGGCGGAGGAGGAGGAGGCGGAGGGGGUCCCAGUCCCGAGCAGGAGGAAGGAGCCGGGUAUAACAGUGAGGAUGAGUAUGAAAAUGCUUCCAGACUACAGUCAGAGGAUCCAGCGACUGUUGAACAGGAACACUGGUUUGAAAAAGCACUCCAGGAAAAGAAAGGAUUUGUCAUCAAAAAAAUGAAGGAAGAUGGUGCCUGCCUCUUCAGAGCUGUUGCUGAUCAGGUUUACGGAGACCAAGAUAUGCACGAAGUCGUCCGCAAACAUUGCAUGGAUUACUUGAUGAAAAAUGCAGAUUACUUCUCAAACUAUGUGACAGAGGACUUCACUACAUACAUCAACAGAAAGAGGAAGAACAACUGUCAUGGAAACCAUAUUGAGAUGCAGGCUAUGGCAGAGAUGUACAAUCGGCCAGUGGAAGUUUAUCAGUACGGCACAGAACCAAUCAACACGUUUCAUGGCAUCCAUCAAAAUAACGACGAGCCAAUCAGAGUUAGUUACCAUCGGAACAUUCACUACAACUCUGUAGUGAAUCCCAACAAAGCCACAAUUGGAGUUGGGCUCGGACUUCCUGCCUUCAAACCAGGGUUUGCAGACCAGUCACUCAUGAAGAAUGCCAUUAAAACGUCAGAGGAAUCCUGGAUUGAGCAACAGAUGCUUGAGGACAAGAAGAGGGCCACAGAUUGGGAAGCCACCAAUGAGGCCAUAGAAGAGCAGGUGGCCAGAGAAUCAUACUUACAGUGGCUUCGAGACCAGGAGAAACAGGCACGACAGCCUCGUAAGGCCAGUGCUACGUGCAGCUCCGCCACGGCUGCGGCCUCCAGUGGUUUGGAAGAAUGGAAUGCCCGAUCACCACGGCAGCGCAGCUCCGCCCCCUCUCCGGAGAUUCCUGAUCCUUCGCACUCGGACACACCCGCCAAGCCCCCCUCCCCGGCCGGAGCGACCCUCGCACUAUCCAAACCCCCAUCGCCCUGUGCACCAGGUCCCAGUAACCAGGCUUGUGUUGGACCAGACAGACCCACCUCGUCUUCUCUGGUGUCUCUGUAUCCAGCACUGGGCUAUCGGGCCAUUAUGCAAGAGAUGUCCCCUACUGCUUUUGGCCUAACAGACUGGGAAGACGAUGAAAUAUUGGCAUCCGUCUUGGCCGUGUCACAACAGGAAUACCUCGACAGCAUGAAGAAAAACGCCAUGCAUAGAGAACCUUCUCCAGACAGCAGUUGAUAAAGGAGGGUUGAGGCACAAUCUGCGUCUGAAGCAGGAGGCAGAUACAUGGGGAUCAAAGCAGUCACAUUCUCUCCAUCAUCAUGCAGUUCACAUUGUCCUCCCUUUCCUUCCCCCACCCAUCCAUCCAUCCAUCCAUCAAUCAGUUCAUCAGUCCAUCACUGGCCUCAGCCAUCCAGCAGUAAUGGCCCAUUGUUGUGAUACUCACCUAACCACUCCUUUUCUUUCUUACACCAUUCACACCAUCAUUGGACUUCUUUAGGUGCAUGUGAAAAUAAACAUGACUGAUAUCAUUAUAGAAAACAUGGGGAAACGAAAAAUUAUUGAAAAAAAGUCAUACUUUAUCCUCUUAAUUAAUAUAAUCUUGUUUUAUUUUCUUGUUUGGGAUGAAAAUGCUCUUUUUUUCUUGGAAUAAAAAAAAAAAAGAACUUUCUGAAGAAAUAUA